ACCGGCGAUGCUGGAGAAUGGGUCCCUGAGGAACUGCUGCGACCCGGGCGGGAGGGUCCGCUUCGGCUUGGCGGAGCGGGAGGAGGAGGAGGCGGCGGCGGGGGGAGCCCCGCGGCCAGCCUGGGUGGUGACGGCGCUCUCCAGCGUGCUGAUCUUCACCACCGUGGUGGACAUCUUGGGCAACCUCCUGGUCAUCGUCUCCGUCUUCAAGAACCGCAAACUCCGGAACGCAGGUAAUGCAUUUGUGGUGAGCCUAGCUUUGGCUGAUCUGGUGGUGGCCCUGUAUCCAUACCCACUGGUGCUCUUUGCUAUUUUCCACAAUGGAUGGACGUUGGGUGAAAUUCACUGUAAAGUGAGUGGCUUUGUGAUGGGACUGAGUGUAAUAGGCUCUAUUUUCAACAUCACUGCGAUUGCAAUAAACCGAUAUUGCUAUAUAUGUCAUAGUUUUGCCUAUGACAAAGUGUACAGCUGUUGGAACACGAUGCUGUACGUCUCCUUAAUCUGGGUAUUAACAAUAAUUGCAACUGUGCCAAAUUUUUUUCUUGGCUCUUUAAAGUAUGACCCACGCAUCUAUUCAUGCACAUUUGUUCAGACUGCAAGCUCCUACUAUACCAUAGCUGUUGUGGUAAUACACUUCAUUGUACCUAUCACCAUUGUGAGCUUCUGCUACCUUCGAAUCUGGGUUUUAGUGCUUCAAGUUAGAAGACGAGUCAAGUCAGAAACAAAGCCAAGACUAAAGCCGAGUGACUUCAGAAACUUUCUUACCAUGUUUGUGGUUUUUGUGAUUUUUGCCUUUUGCUGGGCACCUCUAAACUUCAUUGGACUGGCUGUAGCCAUUGAUCCUAUGGAAAUGGCACCCAAAGUUCCUGAAUGGUUAUUCAUUAUAAGCUACUUCAUGGCCUAUUUUAACAGUUGCCUUAAUGCAAUAAUAUACGGACUACUUAACCAGAAUUUUCGGAAUGAAUACAAAAGAAUUUUAAUGUCACUGUGGAUGCCAAGGCUUUUCUUCCAGGACACAUCCAAAGGAGGAACUGAUGGUCAGAAGAGCAAACCUUCUCCUGCUUUAAACAACAAUGACCAUGUGAAAACUGAAACUUUGUAAACUUGUAAUAGUCAAUGCAAGAGUUUGUCAUGGAGAAACCCAAGAAUAUAGUUGUUAUGUUCCAUUAAUUCUCGGUAACUUUUGGGGGCUUUCCAUUUGGAUGGCACUUUGCGGUUGGAAUACUGCCUUCUUGAUAAAGCGCAUUGCUCUGAACUCAUGAUUUGUAUACGAUAUCAAUUUAAAAUGUACUUCAGAAUUAAAGGAGCAGGUGAACACAAGCUGUUUGACUUCUGGGAGAUGAAUCCUACUCCCAGACGUAUGAAUGAGUCAUUUUUUUACUUCAGUGGGACUUUACAUUCUUUAUACAACAUCAGAUACUUGUCUAUGGCACAGCAGCUCAUCAAGGCUAUGGAGUAAUAUUUUCCACCCUCCUGUAUCUAAACAAAGAGGAUGAAGCAGAUAGAUACAGUCUCUUCUCCACACAUAAGCCAAACAUUGCAUUUCUGUGCAUGUACUGGUGGUAGUAGCAGUAUCUCUGAAUCAAAUUUACAAAUUGGAGAGAAUAUUUGUGUAAAAGCAAUUAGCAUUAGAUCCUUUUCUCACAGGUUUUUCGUACUUACAUACAUUGAAAUUGGCAAUACAGUGUAUUUACAUUCAUCUUUUGUGGUUGAUUUUAUGGUAGAUAAUAUAAUACAAAUGGUUGAUUUCUUACAUAUUUACUUUACACAAUAUUCUUCCUUUUGAGAGGAUUGAAUUUUCAUUGUGCUCCAUUUAUUUACCUCAAUGUAUACAUCCAAUGUCAUUUGAUGCACACUUUACACAUUUGCAACUGGCUAGAAAUUAUGGCAUAUGGCCUGUAGUUAUCUGGAGUAGCAACUAGUCAGCAGGCAGGAUAUCCUAGAUCAUCUGCAAUUAUGCUAAACCAAAAAAAAGAAGGCCUUUUGACUAUAAUGGUAGAUGAGAUAGAUGCUCACUUUACACGUCUACAUCUGAUCUUGAAUAAAAUUCAUGGUUGGUGUCUAACCUAAGAUAACCUUCAAGGUUCCUUAGAAUGGGCAUAUGUUUCCUUUCAUCUGUGAUGAUAAACACACAUCCAGGGAUGAAAUUAAUUGCUCUGUGGAGGUGCUGUUCUCCUUUCGUUGGCUUUAGAAGGAGCUUUGAUUACUAGUUCAAACAUCUCACUUUGGAUAGCUAGACAGGGAUUUACCUUGCCUAAUUGGGAAUGUCUCCAGUGUAAGUGUUUGCACAUAAUGUAUUUUCUAAAUUCCCACUCUAAUCCAUGGAGUUCUAGGAAAUGGUUAAUCUGGAUCUGAAACAGGCAUAUUCUCUUCCCCAUCCCACUGGGGCAGGGCUGAGAGAAAGUCAGCGCUUAGUUGCUGGAUGGGCUUAAACUACAGCAAUGAUUUCCCAUUUUCUUUUCAAACUCAGUUUAAAUUCAAAGUAAAUUCUUCUUUUUCUGGUAACACACUGUAAUAGUAAACGUAUAGAGCAGAUUCCAAUCUGAGCCGUACUCCACAACAUCAUAGUAAUUUACACAGUGUGGUUUGUAUUAUCUCUAAAUCAGAUUAAGGAUCUGUGUGUAAAUACACAGUCAGUGAAGGUAUUUUAGAAUACCUGAAAUGCACAUUAUUCUUACUAGUGCUGUUCACAGGAAAGGAGAUGGGAUUCUGGUAAAUCCAUGUCAAGUAGUAAAAUAGGAAAUGAAGAAAUUCAGGUCAAUAUUACAUUCCAGUUUAGGUUUCCUGAUCUGGCUAUUAUGGAAUGUAUUUCUGUAGUAGUGUUAAUUUGUUAGCCAAUAUACUGCUCCUGAAGCCAAAAAGAUGUAUGAAACAUCACCCUUAUGUUGCUACACUUACAGAAAAAAUAAGAACCACAGUAUUUUUAAUGUUCUAUUUGCUUCCAAAGGUCUGUGUAAAGUACAGCAAAGUAACAAAUGUGAUAAUUCUUCUAAGCUUCUUUCUUGCUUUUCAGAUAAUUUCUGAUAAACUCUGAAGUUCAGUACCCUAGGACUUACAGAGCAUUAGCUCGAUGAAAACUGAAAACUGUGUGAAUAGGAAUAAGAAAGAGAUGAGACAAAUUUAAGCUGGUGGUAGAUAGUAAAAAUAUAGUAGCUAAAAGUAGCAACAUUAAUAUGUAACCUACAUAUUAAUAGAUAAUAUGGUUAUGAGUUGAAAGUAUAUUCAGGAACAACAUAUCAGCUCUGUGUAGAUUUAUGUAUCUUUGAGGAAAUAAUUAUUAUUUCCAUUACAUAAAAAUAUUUAUACCAGCAUAUCAAAUACAGACACUUUAAGAUGGAGAAGGAAGAAAGACACAUAAAUCUAAGGCCUUGGGACAAAGCCUGUAUCCAGAAAAUCUGGAGCAUUUUCAAGCAUGUAAAGUUAACUUGAUUAAAAAAGUGUUGUAUUUUUUGUUUAUUAUAAGAAAUAAAUCUAUUCUAGAAUUGUUCUUACAACAGAGCCCUGAUUAAAAAAGACCCAAAAUUUAAGAACACAUUUAGAUAAAAAUUAUUACUAUUAUUUCCCAAUUGUAUUUUUAAAGAACUGCACAAGCCUGGGCAUUUUCCAAUGAAUAAACAGCUGUGGAAGAUUGUAUAUAAUUCUUAAUGCAUAUGUAACAAAAUUGUGGUCAUCUGACGAAUUUCUUGCAUUUAAAGGUAUUUGCAAAUUUAAUGGAAAACGUGGAAGCCUACUUUCAGCCAUCUAUUGACACUCUGCUAUUUUAACUGGAUCCUGCACACCUGAUCUAUAAUAAUGAUAAUAACCAAUAUUUUGACUCAAGUUAUAAUGAGCAUACAAUGGGACUGCUGUGGAUGCUGGUUAUAGAACACUUAACUGAUUCCUGUUCAUCAUCUUGUUAGUAACACCUCCAGCUGUAGUGAGAAACAAACUGACUAAAACCAUUUUUUCAAACUCUGUUUUUAUAAAUAUUUUUGUGGCAUAAUUCUACUUUGGAGUAAGAACUGCACUAAAUGCCUUGUCAACAAGUGUCUACUCUGAAUUUAACAUCUGGAGUUAGAGGUGGAAACCACAAAGGAUAUGACCCGCUGUGUGGUCCACCAGACCUGGUCACAGGUAGAAUUGUCAUAUUCAUUAGCUGUAGAGAUUUCUGUGCUCACCCUGAUGGCUUUAGUCCUUGAGGAUAGUUGGGAACAUCCUAUGGAAUAUUGUUGGUGUCUUCUCACAGAACAAGUUAAUCUCAUGUCAUUAAGCGGGCAAAACUCCAAAUAAUUCAAUGGCUGCAGAAUAAAGCCUUGAAACUUCUAUAUGAAGAAUCAUUCUUUAGGAGAACAAAGAAGAGUUGUUGACAGUAAUAGCACUUUUAAAAUCAUAUUUCAUGUCUGAAAUACAAACCAACUGAUUUUACUCGUCUGUCAACUUACUGAGGUUUCCUUUUACCUACAGUCAUGUGAUAAAACCAGAUAAAAGCAUAACAACUGAUAUUAUAAGCAGUGAUAAGUGAGGUCUGUUGAUGCCAGCUGUGUUUUUUAAUUGCAAACUAACGAACAGUGAAGUUUUGUCCUUAGCAGAAAAACCUCAUGGCAAACCACUUGUUUGCAUGUAUUUACUGUAAAUAUAACAGUUUAAGAGUGUAAGCACUGGUGAUCCCAAUGCUUUUCAAAUAGCAAACCCUAAUUCAGGCUUUAACAAACUGCAGCCUUUUUGUCACGCUUUAAUUGCUGUCAUUGGAAUCAACACAAAUAUUGUGUUCUUCAGGCUAGAUUCCUGCAAGGGUUACAUAGUUUUAGUCUAGUGUUUUAGACAAUAGCACAGCAGGAAUAGGAAUAUCAAGCAACAUUACAUCAUUAAAUAUAGUGCAUCAAAAGAUUUUAUGGGCUUUUUUCCCCCUUUGCCUUGAAGUGGCACUAAUCUUAAAUUGGGUGUCAUUGCAACACCAUGAAAGCCUGUUCUGCUGCUAAAUUUCAAGCAGAUAUUUAGUAUUUAAGUGUAUAUCAUAUAAUUAGCAUACAUGAGCUAUAAAAAAGUUACUGCGGUAAUUGUUCUGGAUACACUUAGGCCACUGGUUACAACGCUCAGUUUUCAGCUGGAAAAGCAAAAAGUGAAUACAAUGGCUCUAAUAGGCCUUUCUGCUGUAUAUCAUAUAUUUUUAUGGCAUUCAAGUCAUCUGUAUUAAAGCACAUUCUGCAUAUGGAGAUUUUUUUUCCCAGUUUUGUUUGUGUGGAGAGUAAUUAAAAACAAAACCAAAACCCAGCGUGACAGUGUCCCGUAUAUAGAGACCAUCUUUCAAAUUCAUUACAUGCAAGGAAUUAGAAGGCCUCAAGCACCAUUUCUUUGGGGAAAAGUAUACAGAUCCUGGAAUUUUAUGCUCCGUCUCGUUCUCCAGCUAUUGCUCCAAAAGAUACACUUGCCUGUUGAACAGCUCAUGCCAUCAUUCUUCAUUUUUCCUAUGAAAAAAAAAAAGAAAUUGCAUGGAUUGAACUGAAACCUUUCAACCAAAACCAGUGUUAUUUGAAAGAAUUUGUUGUGCUACUGAUGUAUUUAGUUCUAUGUUGUCCCUACUCCACCCCAGAGGCCCAAGGCUUUGUUACAAGAGGGCUUUCAUCCCAUGUUCUUUGCAGCCUGAAGAUUCUCCCUCAUUUGCUCAUUUCAUUGGAACCAGAAAAGGAUUUUAAAGUAAAUUCGAAUGUGACAUGUGUUAGAAACAAUUGGAAUAAAUGUGAGUACUUUGUUUCCUUUUUUUCCCCUA